CGCAAUGUGUCAACAUCUUUCCUGUGAACUUCUCUUUUUGAAGUCUUUGAUUGGAUACAAAUGUUUUUGAGUUCCGCCUUUCAUACUUUUCUGUUAUCUGAUUGGGCGAAGAAGCCAUCAAUCAAUAUCCAGAUUUUAGUUUACGUGCAGUCUGCAUUAAUUUUUGUCGAGAGUCUCUACGACUCGGAAUUGAACUGUUCAUAUCGAGCGUCAUCACUUUUUUUGUUUAUUUGUUUUGUUUUUGUUUCCUCCAUUUGUUUUAAAUUUGUUGUUAAACAGUGUAAAUACGUUUUUUGUUUUGUUUUUAUUUCUGUAAAUACACCAGGAUGGAACUUAAUUCUCUUCUACUUCUUCUUGAGGCAGCAGAAUAUUUGGAAAGAAGAGACAGAGAAGCUGAACACGGUUAUGCGUCUGUUUUGCCGUACGAUAGCGACUUUUCCAGAAAGAAAACUAAAUCUUCUCCCAUUUCAAGAAAAAACCACAACAAUAGGUCAUCACACAAUGAGCUGGAAAAACACAGACGUGCCAAACUGCGAUUGUACCUGGAGCAGUUAAAACAGCUUGUGCCUUUGGGUCCUGAUAGCACCCGUCACACCACACUGAGCCUGCUCAAACGCGCCAAAAUGCACAUCAAGAAGCUGGAGGAACAGGACAGGAAGGCUCUAAACAUGAAGGAGCAACUGCAGAGAGAACAUCGCUACCUCAAACGGCGUCUGGAGCAGCUCUCUGUACAGGGCUUAGAGCGCAUUCGCACUGACAGCAUGGGCUCCACCAUCUCCACUGACUCUGAGCAAGAAGUGGACAUUGACAUAGAGGGAAUGGAGUUCACGCCAGGUGAGGGUGAUAGUGUGGACAGUGUUAGCGAUGGUGAGGACCACUACAGCCUGCAGAGCAGCUCCAGCGAUGGAGGCCACCAUUCACAUUCCCACAGAUUACAGGCUCACAUCUGCUAGGCUGUGUCAGACCGCAACAGUGUGUCACCUCCAACAUACCCAUCAGCCACUCCCAGCUGGCAGGAAGCACCUGGCUGAUUUCCACUCCUCAGAAAACUCUCUCUCCCCUCUCAACCCUUGCAACACUUUAUAUCAACCCCCCCCCCAACCCCACAAAUACACACAGACAAGCAAUAUGUGGUUUUAGUAAGAACAUGUGGUAUGGUAAUGCAGUUUUAACUUGUCUGUUUUGCUGCUGUGUGAAAUUGUGGCUCUGUUCCUAAACCUAGUAACUGCCUUGCUGUCUAUCAUCUACAUUGGCAGUUCUGUCAUCUAAGGCAGUAUCUUAACUGAAAGUGAUAAAAAUUAUAAAACACUAUAUAGGCUUGCUUUUGUGCAUCACUCACAUAACUCACGUUUUAAUCAAAUAUAUCCGAUUCCCAUUGAAAUUCCAAGCAACCACAGGUGAGGGCAACACAUUUACCCACAAAGAUAUUUUUUAAACUUAAUAAAUAGAAGAUUGCACACACACAGGAACAAAGAACCUUGUUUUGAGCCGCUGCCCUGUGAAUUUUAUAAAUAAAAUAGCUUCACAUCUGAAAGCUACAAUAUAUUUUUCAGCAACGCAAGGUGAUAACAUUGCUGUUUUUGAAGCAAUUAAACUCAAAGCUUUACUAUAUAAACCAGAUUUAAAAAAAAUCACCUACACAAACUUUUUAUAGAAUUCAUUCAAAUAAUCUUAGAUACAAGUCGUGUCUUAAGUGACUAAACAAGUGGGACAAAAAAUCAGAUAUGGUCAAAAGAUCACAUCUGUGCAUUAAGCCUUGUAGUGUAAACACAGCCUUUGACUGUUGCAAAAAGUUGGAAGUUAGACUAUAAUAUCUAAAAAUGUUGUCUAUCUAGGCAGCUUGCUAGUUUUGGGAAUAGAGCUUGCUUGUGUGCCAGUUUAUUUUGCACAAUGGGCUUGAACAGAAUUCUUGUGUUUCUUGAAACUGCAAGUCAUAGCAUUAAGCACAUUAAUAGACUCCUUAAUAGACUUAUGGAAAGGGAGCAAAAGGCUAAAACCUCUAGGCAUCAGUAGUUUCUAUUUCAGAUUAAAAAAUGGAAGACCUGUUAUAUUCUCACCACAGUUAAAUUGACCUUGAAGUUCAUUAAGUUCACUUUUUUGUGAAAGAAGAAAGAAUAUUAAUAUCUAAUGGCUGAUUACUUGUGUAAUUAAUUAAAACACUCAGUUGCGACAGGAGCAAAGAAAUGGUGCUGUCCAGUUCCAUCACUACGACAGUCUGUUGUCAAUACUUUUAGUAGUAAAUGAUGUAGCAAUAAACUUGGAAAUCUACAGCUUUCUAAUGCAGUGAAAUAAUUCUGGACCAAGCCUAAAAAACUUGAGAAGAUGAGUAGUUUUGUGAGUACUUGUACAACUAUCUUUGUGAGGACAGGUUUGAAUUUUAGACCAGCGGAGUGAGGACAAAGAGUAAAGUGAGAACAUUUAGGUCAGUCCUCAAUUUCUGAGACUCUUUUAAAGACCUGUUAGAGGGUCAAGACUUUGUUUUAGGGAUAAGGUUAUAAAUAGGUUUAGGGUAAGUGUUCAGGUUAGGCAAUUAGUUGUGAUGGGUAGGGUUAGUCCAAGGAGCUAGAGAUUUAAUUGUGUCAAUUAAUGUCCUCAGAGAGAUAUAUGUACGUGUGUGUGUGUGUGUGUGUGUGUGUGUGUGUGUGUGUGUGUGUGUGUGUGUGUGUGUGUGUGUGUGGCCAGCAAUGAAACUGACAAGUCCAAACUGUAUGACUGUACAUAUGAAGGUGUAGGGAUGGGAAAAGCUCUUUGUUGAAGUGUUGGUACUAUCAGAAAAUUAUAUUGAUGCUUUUAGUCCCAUGUCUUUCCCUGUAACUUACUUGCAAUAAUUUUUGAAGCCUUUAUUCUUCAGCGGUAUAUAUGCAGUGCGGUGUGCAAUAUUCAGUAUAUAAAAGAAAGUUCUUUGUGCUGGGAAUUCCAACUCUUCAGACAGUCCCAGUCUUAAAAGCAGGUUAGACCAAAAUAAAUGGAAAAAAAAAAAUAAAAAAUUAAAUAAAAAUAAAUAAAUAAAAAGCAAAAAAGGAAAUGUACAAUAGAAAAAAAAAAAGAAGCCACAAAAUACUUGUGAUUUUAACAAGUGCAGUUUGUAUUUUCUGUAGUAGCUUUUGUACUAUAUUUUCCUAAAUAGUCCUUGGUUAAAAGACAAAUAGAAGACCAUAUAAAUAAAUAUAUAGUAUAUACAAUGACAGAACAUGAAACCAGGAUAAUGUUUGGGAGAACUCUGGCAUUUGUCCCUUAUCUCCAACUGUCAUACUGUGCCUUGACUGGUCAUAUCCCUGUUUCUCCACCCAUUUCCUUGACACAUCCCUCCAGCCCUGCUCAGAUCCACAACCUGCCAGUCACCCUGCAGCUUCCAUCCUCAGAAUAGACUCUUCUUUGGCCUUUAGCACAAGGUGACGAGAAACAUUCGUUAGUCACCUCUGACCUCCAUCUUUUAAUUCUCCUAAAAUGUGCUUUCCAUUCUGCCAUGCAACAUCAUCCACAUCACACUGGUCAUCUCCUCUUGUGGCAGCUCGUCUCACCCCAUUGCAAAGUGUUGUCUAAUCAACUCUGCCCUUAACGUUUUUUAAAUUUUUUUUGUUUGUUUGUUUUCCUAAUAGCUGUCUUUUAUUGUCUUUAUGCCUAAGAUGUGUUUUGUAUUUCAAACAAUGAAGUGGAAGACCUUGGGAGAAGAGCAUUGGAAUCAAUCAUUAAUGGCAGCUCGAGUCCUCCCCACCCUCUCCCAAUGGUAGUUCCUGUUUUAGUGUUAAAGUGUGCUUAAGGUGAUGGUAGUAUUUGAUCCUCUGCCCAUAAAAGCAAAGAUACAGCAAUAUGAUUUUUUUUUUUGUUUGUUUGUUUGUUUGUAAAGGGGUGGAGACUGGGUCUAUUGGUAAGCAGCACUGUUUCAAUACUAUGGUGCAUAUUGUGACCAACUCAUUGAGGUGUUUUUUUUUAAUUAUUGUUAUUAUUUUAUCUCUCCAUUCUCUGUAAACACUGAAAGGAGGGAACAUGUUUUAUUUUAUAUCUUUUUUAAAAGCUACUUUUUCAUUGAAGAGUUUACAUUUAUGUCAUGGAUAUGCCUGACUGUUGUAGCAUUCUUUUUCAGUGUGAUCAAGUGAAUUGUAAAAAAAAAAAAAAAAAAAAAAAAAAAAAAAACAACUCUCGCACAGAACCUCCCAUUAACGUGAUUUGAUCGAGAGUUAAGAGAAUUGUGCAUGAGAUUUUUUCAAAUCUUUAAGAGAUUGUAGCUUUCAUUGGCAUUAUCUAAGAAUCACAUGCCAAAUAUGUGAAAUCAAGCUAGUUAGCUUCCAGUGUGGUGAAAGAAAUACUUCAGAGUGACAGAGACAGGGCUAUUCAGUGGCUGCAGGGUUUUCGAAAGCUUUAAAACACUAAAAUGAGUUUAUGUCAGCAGACAGGUACACAUAUAAUUAUAUGAAAAGAGCCAGGUGUCCAAGGAUCUUAGAUGUGUGUUCCAAAAAAAAAGUACAGAAGAUACAAAACAUGCCAUGUUGUGAUGAUACUUUGUGUUUGUUGGGCCUUGCAUAUUGAGCUUUCUGCAGAGUAUGUUUGAUUGAGUUUAGUUAAAGUCUGUGUGGCAGAAAAGCUGGGAAACUGGGAGUUUGGGAGUCAAGGUUACUAAAGAACAGAAUGACCAAGAAGAAAAUAUAUAGCUAUAUAAAAUUCCAUUUAUCUUUGUUAUAAACAUAAAAGCACUUGAAGAAAGAAAGAACUUCCAUAAAUAAUAAGAAAAAGAAAGAUUCCUGCCGUAUAGAUUCUAUUAGAUAUAGACUUAUUUUUCUAACUCCUCCCAAUUUUGGGAGGCAUCAGGUGUAAUAUCAGAUUUAUAUCUUUAUAUGACUAGGUUUGUGACCCAUAUUUUCUGCUCACUUUCCUUCUCCCCUGCUUUUAUUUGUUUUGUGUUCAUGGAGCAGUUUGUUGACAGGUCAGCAUGUGUGGCGUAGCUCACAGAAUGCUUGCAUUUUAACGUGAGAAAAACUUGCGGAAAGACUGCGAAGGGAGGGUUCUGUGCCAGAGACCUGUGAACAGAUUUCCUUUUAGAAAACAAGUAAUAUGCAUUCAGACGUUGUAUAAUAUUGUAAAGGUGUUUUUUUUUUUUCUUUGUGUGUCUGUGUGUACGUACACAUAUUUACCUGGUGCUGGCUAUAUUUGAGCCCACACUCUAAGGUAUUAUGUAUUCUUGUAUUGUAAUAUAAAGAAUUAAAAUGUUUUAUACAUA